UAUUUUUUGUUUGUAAUGCCAGACAUGGCUGAAAAAAGUAGUGGAAAUAAAGGCAAAAAGUCUAAAAAUGAUUUAUUUCGAACAUCCUUGGGAUACUAUCUGAAGCAGAAAAGUUAUGUGGGAAACGAGAAAUUUCGCAAGUCUGACUUCCUGCUACUCCAAAAUAAGCAACAAUUUAUGGUACAAAAAAUGCUGGAUCUGGAUCUACAAUGUGGAAACUCAUUCGCUUUCUCUAAUGUACAAUGCAUCACCAACAAUCAUCAUAUUGUUGAUCAACAAUUUGGGCGAUUUUCACAGUUUGUUGAAGCACAAAGCGAUUUGAUACGGCUAGAGUUGCGACGCUUUUAUGCGCCAAUGUUGUGUCAUCUUUAUCUUGAGUUGAUGAAAGCGCGAGAACAAAAAGCUGCUUCUGAGUUACUUAAGAAAUAUGCGCAUUUAGUGUCGUCGGUGGAAACUUACGAAGCGCCUUUGCCAACGAAGAUAAAUGGCUGCUCGGUAGCCAAUGACUCUCAUUCAGAUCAAUCCAACGCUGCUACUCCGCAUACAAGCAUACGCUUUGUAACGCCAUCUAGUGAAACACCAGCGGACCCCGAAUUAAUCUAUUUCACAAAACUCAUUCAAACACUUUCCGCUUGUACAAAAUUGGAAACGGCUGAAAGUGAUCCAGAUGUGUCACAAUUUCGUUCCUCCAAGUAUGAGAUACACACCACUGAAGCGGUAGUGGAUGCAUUACGUGGCUAUUUGGAAAAACGUGGCCAUGUAUUAAUACUCAAUCUAAUAUAUUCAUGGAUUCAUGUUCAUGUCGUCGAUAAUGAGGUGCACAAAUGGAGUGAAGAUAGUAUCCUUAUGGAGUUUGAGGCCGUUGAAGACGACGAAGAAAGCAAAAUGGAGUUUUCUGACAUUAAAAUAAAAGCCAACAUAGGAAGCGAACGCUUUAGUAAAAAACGUACCACAGAAGACCCUCCAGAAGAGCUUAUGGUAAAGUCAGAGAAAGAGGAAGAAAAUACAGAUGAAAUGAAAAAAUUACGGUCCCAACAAGUGGAAGAGAGCUUGCAAACUUUACAGGCCUGCAGCGAGCAAUUGCUAAAGGGGCAAACACAGUAUCCCCUUUUUAUAAAGCUAGCCGACCGCAGCAGAGGACUUUCUUCAGCUCACUUGGAUGCUGGUGAAUGCCAUUUGAUUGCAGGAUUUAAUAAUUCGGUUGUGCAGUUAUGGCAACUAAAUCAGCAAAUCUGUAGGGGAAAAAAUCUUUAUACCCGGUUUGCAGACUCAGUGUGUCGUUGGGAAAUAAACAAUGUUUGUGCCGGGGAAUCUGAGACUGAGGACGAAAUUGAUUUAGAUGUUAGAGAACAUGCGCGUACCAAUAAUAGCGACCGAGAGAAACGGAAGUUCGAAGCCGGCAAAUACGAAGGCAAUUCUUUCAACGAAUAUGGUGGCAUACAGUUGCGUGGUCAUGGCGCUGGCGUCACAGAUGUACGCUUUUCUACACAUUACCCCCUCAUUUACAGCACAUCUAAAGAUGCCACAAUACGAAGUUGGCGGGCGGAAAGCUAUGGGUGUGCGUGCAUUUAUCGAGGCCAUAGGUAUCCAGUUUGGUGUAUUGAUGAGAGUCCGGUGGGAAUGUAUGUUGCCACCGGUUCGAAAGAUCUCACUGCGCGUUUGUGGUCUUUAGAACGCGAUGUCCCCUUAAUAACAUACGCUGGUCAUACACAGGAUGUAGAGUGUAUCGCGUUUCAUCCCAAUGGCAAUUAUCUUGCCACUGGUUCAGCAGAUCUGUCUGUGCGUUUAUGGUGCGUCACUAGUGGAAAACUGAUGCGUGUCUUCUCCGAUUGUAAACAGCCUGUAACAAACAUUGCAUUUAGCCCUGAUGGUAAGAUGUUGGCAGCCGGUGGUGAAGAGUCGAAAAUACGUAUUUUCGAUUUGGCUGCUGGUGCGCAAUUAAAUGAAUUAAAAGACCACACUUCCGCAAUAAACAGUAUUUCAUGGAGCAAGGGUGGCAGAUAUUUAGCGUCGGCAUGCCGUGAUGGCUCUCUUCGCGUAUGGGAUGUAAAGAAAUUAUCGCCCAUGAAUGACAGUUGCAGCAGUAGCAGUACAACGAAUUCGUCUUCAUCCUCCUCUUCAACCACUUUAAAUCGUGUAAUGACACUCAGUAGCAAUUGUCAGAAUCUAGUUAAAGUUUCAUUCAGCCGCCAAGAUGAAAUGGUCUGCGUUAUUGGCGCCUAAGGCUCUUAAACGCUAAUCUUAAUAUUUUAAAUUUUUAUUUAGUAUGACUUCUAAGCAUAAGCAGCUACAUAUAAGGAUCCAUCUAAAAAAA